AUGUGUCUAACACGCUUCCAGGCCACAGCACCGAUCUCCACAACGUCUUCGCCAGAUGUGAAUGACCUUAAGUGGGCCCUGGAGGCCGCAUCCACCGGCAAGGCAUGCGACCCUGACCAGGUUGCUGUCGACGUCUUCAAGAAGUGUCCAGGCGUCUUUUACAUUCACUUGACGCGUAUCAUGAACGCGUGUCUCCGGCUGGAAUACCACCCAGAUGAAUUCAAGCGGUCGAUAACUGUCGUGCUACGGAAGCUCGACAGGACGGACUUUUCUCUUCCUAAGAGUUGGCGUCCUGUGGCGUUGCUUUCGUGCCUUGGGAAGCUUCUGGAAAGGGUUGUUGCGAAGCGGAUUCAGGAGCUUGCUGUGAAGCGCAGGCUGAUUCCCCGGAUGCAAUUUGGGUUUCCGGGACGCUGCACCACCAAGUGCAUUGAAUCUCUUUUGUCACCGGUCUACAGAGGCUUUUGCGUCAAGACCAGGAACAAGAAGAAGUGGAGGUCGACACUACUCAGUCUCGACAUAUCAGGCGCAUACGACCACGUCAAUCGUCCUGAACUCCUUCGGAUCCUGGUACGUAAGGGCAUGCCCGAUUGGAUUGUCAAUUUAAUUUGGUCCUUCCUUUCUGACAGGAGGACAAUGCUCCGGUUUCCCGGCUAUGUCUCAGAGGAGUCCUUCGUUAACACUGGCAUUCCUCAAGGCAGCCCCCUCUCUCCCAUCCUCUUCGUCUUCUUCUCCGCCCCGAUGCUAGAGAAGUUUGAGCGCCUCCAUCCCGAUCUCAACGUCUUCGCCUUUUCCUACGUCGACGACUCUUAUAUCCUUGUCACAUCCAGGACAUUGAAGGAGAACCGCGAAAUUCUCGAGAAGUAUCACGAGCAAGUCAUGGAAUGGGCAACUCCCAAUGGCAUUCGGUUCGAUCCUGGGAAGUACAAGGUGAUGCACUUCACUCGUAACGAGAAAUGCGACUUGUACCCUCGCAUUCCUGGUUUGACCGUCAAACACGUCAUCAACAACUCGGUCGACCCCGAGGCCCCCAAGUACCUUCGAAUUCUUGGCGUCAUGGUGGAUCCGGCGUUGAAGUGGGAUGCCCACAUUGCCAAUCUCGAGUCCAAAGUGAAGAAGAAGUUGGGAUUUCUGAAGCGGAUCUCUAGCUCCGUCAUGGGUCCUAACCUCAUCGAUAUGCGGAGGCUGUACAUCACGAGCGUGCGACCCAUCAUCACCUACGCCUGUGCUUGCUGGUUCGUUCUCGCCGACGGCAAGGGCCAGCCAUUCCGAAUCACGAAGAAGCUCAUCGCUCGCUUGGAUCGGCUUCAGCGCGAAUGUCUCGUGGAAAUCUCUGGUGCCUACAGCCAAACGCCAGUCAUGGUUCUGCAGAAGGAACUCAACAUCGAGCCGAUAGAAGUCGCGCUCCACCGAAUCGCCACGGCCCAUCGAGUUCGCAACACCAACACUCUGGAAGGGGAGAGGAUGCUGAAGAUCCAUGGAGACUCCCAGCCUCUUGGAAAGAACUGGGUACAGUCUUUUAUUAAGAGAAACCCAUCUUUCAAGCACCUCGCCAUACCUGAGAUCAUGGCUAUCAAGGCUUACAAUCGAUACAAUAUGGAUGAGACUGGUAUCCUAGAAGUCCCUUGGUUAACCCCUAAGAAGAGGGAUGAGCUUCAGGAUCAGUUCAGCCUGUUCAGUAAGCUGGAUACCGAUGAGCAUACGCAGCGCCUGCUUUUUCGGAAGGUUCAAAAGGGCUUUGAUGAGAAGGCAUACCAACUGGCAGUAGCCCAACGAAAAAUUGAGGCACUACAAGCAGAGGUUGAUGCCAGUAGGGUCAGGAAACGGAAGAAGGUCAAAAUGAGCCCAAAUUCGAAGUUUGCCGAUAUUGAGGCCAUUCGGAGGGCUCAAAUCGAGGCGGGCGAACUUGAAAGUAGCACAGAUGAAUCCAGCGAGUCUGAAAACCCUAGUGACAGCGAAAGUUGCAUCGUCGUGGCAUCAUAA